UAAAUCCCCUCACUUCUGGAUCGGAUUCGGCCAUUUCGACUCCGCCGGCGAACCCGUCCGAACCCCCCCCGUCCUCCAGAGCAGCGCGCGGCUCCUGACAGAAGAUGACUGACACCGCCAUCUCCUUCGCCAAGGACUUCCUGGCCGGUGGGAUCGCCGCUGCCAUCUCCAAAACAGCUGUAGCUCCCAUCGAGAGAGUCAAGCUUCUCCUCCAGGUGCAACAUGCCAGCAAACAGAUCGCGGCCGACAAGCAGUACAAGGGGAUCGUGGACUGCGUCGUCCGUAUCCCCAAGGAGCAGGGGUUCCUUUCUUUCUGGAGGGGGAAUCUGGCCAACGUCAUCAGAUACUUCCCCACACAGGCCCUCAACUUUGCUUUCAAGGACAAGUACAAGAAGAUUUUCCUGGAUGGCGUGGACAAGCGCACGCAGUUCUGGAGAUACUUUGCGGGUAACCUGGCGUCCGGCGGCGCCGCCGGGGCCACGUCGCUCUGUUUCGUCUACCCUCUCGACUUCGCCAGAACGCGCCUCGCCGCCGAUGUGGGCAAAGCCGGAAGCGGGCGUGAGUUUAAAGGCCUGGGCGACUGCUUGGUGAAGAUCUCCAAGUCCGACGGCAUCAAGGGUCUGUACCAGGGCUUCAGCGUCUCGGUGCAGGGCAUCAUCAUCUACAGAGCCGCCUACUUUGGCAUCUAUGACACAGCCAAGGGCAUGCUUCCAGAUCCAAAGAACACGCACAUUUUCGUGAGCUGGAUGAUCGCUCAGUCUGUGACCGCGGUCGCGGGUCUCGUGUCUUACCCCUUCGACACCGUCCGUCGUCGCAUGAUGAUGCAGUCUGGACGCAAAGGAGCCGACAUCAUGUACACCGGCACCCUGGACUGCUGGAGGAAGAUCGCACGUGACGAGGGCAGCAAGGCCUUCUUUAAGGGAGCGCUGUCCAACGUGCUCCGAGGCAUGGGCGGCGCCUUCGUGCUCGUCUUGUAUGAUGAGCUGAAGAAAGUCAUCUAACUUGUUUUUGUAUGUCCACUAUUCAUGUUAUGAAAUUUAACUGUAACAUAUCUUGUACAUUUGGAAAGACUUAAAUUGCCGAGCUAUAUUUAUAGGGACCAACUAGUAUUUUCUACUAGUUGUACCGGGGGGAAUCUGUUAUGCGCUGUUUUAUUUUUUUCCUCUUGGCCCAUGCUUCUUAUUGUUUUUGUUUUAGCCCCUCACCAGAAUGUCAUUCCCUGAACACAGGAACCUUGCCGGAAAAAAAAGAUGAAAAUAAAGGCAACCUACUGAGUGAC